AUGUACCAGGACGACAUCCUCGCCUCGCUGCUCUCGCUGCUGGCCUUCCUCACAGCGCAUAACCUCGCGCCUAUCGUGUCGUCGCCACUGGCGGACCACUUCUGGGAAGCGCUAUUCACUGUGAUAGCCCUGGAGACAGUUCUCAUCACUACGCUACCGCUGGUACUACCGUAUUUCCUCGGGGAGGAGGUCCACGGCGUCGAUGUGAACCUGACGACCGAGCAGUAUGGGAGUGUGCUGCUUGGACGGCUUUGGGUGGGGAGGGUGGAGCGGACGGCGAAGGGGGGGAGGCCGAAGCUGUUGUUGGGGAAGAUAAGGGCGAAGCGCCUGCCGGUGCUGAUGGGGGUGCUGGCUAAUAAUGUGGUAUCGGUGAGGAGGCUGUGGUAUACGACGUUUGAGGGGGAGACGAAGAUGUUUUGA